CCGAGGCAUUGCUGAUUUAUGAUGAAUUGAAGAGCUUCGACAUCUUAUCGUUCUCAAGAGAGGAAUAUUGGAACUCUCACGGAAAUGUCUUCAACAGGAGGAAGUGACGGUGCUGGCCGUCCAGCUCCAACCCCAGAGAGCAAACCCGAUGAUUCGCACCACCCGACAGCAAAUGAUAUAGUAGAUGAGUCAAAAAGCUUACCAGAUCUCCCAGGAGAUCAAUCAACUUCUACAAAUAAGGAACUUCCUCCGCCUCCUCUACCACGUAAAGAUACUGGCUUGCUACCUGUAAAUACAAACCAGCCAACUCCUCAAUCCGAAUCGAAUAGUGCUGCUCCCAAACCGGUUCCUCGAAUUGACCCAUUGCGAGCAGACCCAACACAAUACGGCCAAGCGUAUUCGGAACGAAACCCUCCCCCAAAUAUACAAGGACUCCGCGAACACGAGGCAAAACGCCAAGAAGCGUCUCGAGCAUACUUUGCAGAAACACAGGAGAAGGAGAAACCUCAAAAACACACAGAGAGGAAAGACCAAGCAUCUGCAGCAGAAGAUGGACCACAAGCAGGUGCAACAGACGAUGUGCCAAUUGGAGCUGAGAAGUCGAACGUUCUUUUCCACCCAACUCCUGAGGUCAACUUCGACCGCGUUUUCAAAGCCAUUGAGAACGAUCUGAGACAGGUGUCUUGUGUUGUAUUCGGUGCGAUUAUGAUUUUGGAUUGGCUGUUCAUCGGUGGAGGAUGGAAGGGCCUCAGCAAGUCUCUUUUCCCAGCUGGAGGUGUCGCUGCAGCUGUUUAUUAUGUCCUCACCCAUGUCGGACAACAGGCUGCCGAGAGAAAGAUGGAGUCCUCCGACCCAAAGACAGAAAAGUUGAGAUACGUACCCGAAUCUGUGGAAUGGAUGAACAGUUUAGUGGAGACAUUGUGGGCAACCCUGCAGCAAAGCUUCUUCGAUGGCAUUGCUGAACAAGUCAACGACAUGAUCAAGCCCUACAUCCCCGAAAAUAUACCCGCAACUGUCAAGAUUACGGAGCUUGGCCACGGCUGCCACUCGGUUAGAGUUCUUUCAAUGAGAUCACUCCCUGAUUCCGAGUUUGGUGACUUGGUGCCGACUCAUGGGCUCGACAAAUCAGGGUCAGUGGAGCAAGCCAAAGAACGUGAAAACGCAGCGGCGAGGGGAGAAGGUGGAGUGUUUUACAACCUCGAAAUCGCAAUUGCCUACCAUGAAUCGCCUUUCAAGCCACGGAAGGACCACAUGCACGUCGAUAUUCUGGCAAUGGUCGGGCCUGUACCAGUUCCGAUUUACGUCCAAGUCAAGGAAUUCCUCGCUACGAUCAGAAUAAGACUUCAAAUGCAUCCGGAUUUGCCCUUCCUGAAGAACGUCACUUUUGCACUGACCGAGAGUCCAAAGGUCAACUCUUGCGUGUCUUUGGGUGCUCCAUGGGCCCUGGAUCUUCUGAACCGUCCGAUUAUCGACAAUCUCCUCGUCUCUCAAAUCGAUGCGGCAGCCGCAGAUUUCGUCCAACCAAAGUCAAUGAGUCUUGAUAUGACUAUGUACGUCGGCGGCUCAGACCAGAAGGAAAAUACAGAUGCUAUUGGAGUUCUGUUUGUCAAGAUCCACCGAGCAAGAAACUUAGCGAAACAAGAUACAAGAGGGCCCGGUGCUGAUCCUUACCUCACGAUUGCCUUCUCAAAGUACGAGAAACCGAUGUACGCCACUCGAAUCAUCAAAGGGGAUCGCAAUCCAGUGUGGGAGGAGUCUGCAGUCAUAAUGAUCCGAUCGGAGCACGUCAAGCGUCAAGAGAACGUCUUGCUUCGACUGUGGGACUCGGACACUACUGGUUCCGACGAUGUAUCCGGAGUCUGUGAAUUUCCCCUUCAAGAGCUUAUCAUGAAGGUAAAUCAGAUGCAAAAGCGAGAGGAUAAACUGCAAGGAGACGUCGCAGGCACAGACGCUGAAGGGAUCCUGGAGUGGGAGAUCGGCUACUUCCCUCGCGCAGAAUUCAAGAAGCAACUGCGUACCGACGCUCAAGAUCCCCGCGAUGUCCACGGCGAUAAGAUCGAAGUAAAAGAGGAAGAUAAAGUCCAAAACGCACAAAACACCGUCCCAGACCCAUCCCUUCCCUCCGGUAUCUUAGGAUUGACGAUCCACCAAUGCAUUAACGUACAAGCCGACAACCCGAACAAGAAGUCCAUGGGGCAAGUACAGAUCCUCGGCCAGGACUCUGACGGUGAGGAUGACGCCAAGGAAGAAACAGUGUCCAUCGAGUACAUUCCAUCGCUCUACGUCACGGCAGACAUAAACGACAAGCUCGUGUACCGCACACGCGUAAAGUCCAUCACCAAUGCGCCGAACUUCAACUCCAGCACUGAGACGUAUGUUCGCGACUGGCGCAUGGCGACCCUCACCCUCUCCGUUUGGGACACGAGAAAGAAAUCGAACGAUUGCCUCGUUGGCGUCGUGGCGCUAAAGAUGUCUGACAUCUUUCACGAAAGCUCUUCGAUAGUUAAGUUCUAUGAUCUUAAAGGUGGCGCUGGGACGGGAAGGAUUCGUAUGAGCAUGAUCUUCCGCUCGAUGGGUGUGCAGCUGGAAGAAAACCUCCUCGGUUACUCCGUUGGCUCCUUCGUCUUCUCUUCCAACAUCACAUGCACAGGCUCAAACCUCAACACGAGGAAGUUGUACCUCCGCAACGCAGGCAGCGAGCGCGCCAUCAAGAGCGGAGAGCAAUCCGAGAGUGGAUAUACCUGGACACUCAACGAGAAACAGCGAAUCCUGCCAGUGCAUCAUAGAUACAUGUCCCCCAUCGCCCUCGAGUUCUGCGGCACUUCAGAAGCCAUCCCGUCCCCCGGUCCCCUGGGAAAGAAGCUAGCAAAGAACAAACACUACGCAAUCCUCUGGCUCUUCCGCCUGGUCGACAACAAAGUCUCCACUUUCACCCUCCCGAUCUACAAAACUAACAAUCCAGAUAGACUCUUGCAGAAUGUGGUAGAUGAAGCAGACGAUACCAUGGCAUUGGAAAAAGUUGGUGAGGUGAAGUUCGAGGCGAAGUUCAGUGCGGGCUUGGAUGACAGCCACGAGGAGUUUUUAGGGAAGGGGUUUGGCAGUCAUGAUCAUUGGAGUGCAUUUCAGAGCUGGAAAGCCGCGAGGGCUUCAGGGCAGAGGAGUUCGCAGGCUGAGAGGAGCACGAAUGGGACGGUUGCGAGGUUGUCGAAGGGCCUGUAGAUGUGGAUUUGAUUUGGGGUGAACAUGUUUAUUGUAAAAGUAACAAGUCAUUGCAAGGAGCUUUAUGAAAUGUAUAUGGCGGUGGAUUUGGAUAUUUCCUCACGUUCGGGUAGCGAGAAACAUCAGGGGGAAGCGAUAAUCACGUGCCAGACAG